CACAAGGCCCCACGCGCCCUGUCAGCUGACCCUGCUUCUUGCAGCCGCCUGUAAGGGGGAAGAAAGUGCGCGCGCAGCUCCCGGAACUCGCUACACCGGGCACUCACACCGGGGACACCGGGCGCGACACGGACAUGUGCGAGCCACGGGAAGAGGUGGUGACUGACACCCAGGUAUCGUACAUUGGAAAGGACUGCACGGAGUUCCCAGGGUUCCUGGCCAGGAAAUAUGGACGUCUUGCAAAGAGACUUGACCUGAGCUUCAAUUUAUUAAGGUGUGUGGAUGGACUUGAAGGCUUCGACUCCUUAGAAGAGCUGAUAUUAGACAACAACCAGUUGGGGAAUCAGAUCUCCUUCCCACCGCUGCCGCACCUUCACACCUUGACGCUCAACAAGAACCAGCUGACAGAGCUGGACCCCCUACUGGACAGAUUGGCCUCCGCGGCUCCAGCGUUGGAAUAUCUGAGUUUACUGGGUAACCAGGCCUGUCCCAACGAGCUGGUCAGCAUGGAGAAGGACGAGGACGACUACCAGCGCUACAGGUAUUUCGUGCUGAACAAGCUUCCUAACUUGAAGUUCCUGGAUGCCAGGAAGGUGACACGGAAGGAGCGCCAAGAAGCCAUCUCCAGAGGAGCCUUCAUGAGAGUUGUGAAGCCGAAGGAAAUCACAGUUCCCAGCACCCCAGACUCCAACUCUCCAGUGUUGCCGUACUCGCCCCUGCCGCCCGUGUCUCGAGACCCAACUAACCACAGAGGCGUCGCAGGGAAAUGUCGCUACGUUUACUACGGGAAGCAUUCGGAAGGAAACAGGUUUAUCCGCGACGACCAGCUCUGAUGGACGUCGCGAGCCCAUUGGCCGUUGCCGGUGCAUUCCAUUGGACAGGAGCGGAGGAGUAAAUUCGCGGGAUGAUUUUUGGUUUUUUUGUUUGUUUUUUUAGUAAGAUGUCAAAAGAUGCAAGAACUUGGAGGGGAAAAAGGAU